ACUACUAAGUAAUUAAUAAGUCAUAAUCAAAGCCUGUAUGAUUGGAUUGAGGCAGAAAACAAAAUUCAGAGGUAUCCGCAAAUGGCACACUCUCUGCACCCUAAUACAAGUCUGCAGCAAGCCAGAAACUACUGCUAUCUAAUAGAAAAAGAAACAUGUUUACUUAGAACUUAGCAGAAUAAUAUGACAAGCAAUGACGAAACUGUAGGAUACUUCAAGUCUGCAGUAAAGUUCUUCAGAAACAAGACAAAGCGCAAACCGAGAAGAUUUCAAUGAAACCUGAAUUAUCCUUUGGCAAGGCACCAAAUGGUUACCUCGGAUGUAACGACGACAAAACAAGGGAAUCAGAGCACAAAGAUAACGAUGCUUCCGAUGAAUCAUAGAUAUUAUACAAUUAACAACAACAAAUCUUGAACUAGGCAUAGCACGGCCGUAUAUAAACACCUGACAUGCAUGGUUAUGAUGAGUUGUGCAGUUAUCUGAACUUUCUGAAGACAGUUUGCCUCUGCCAUGGCUGUGUUUGGAGCUGCCGUUCUUGUAGCUUUGGCAGUGACUUGUGGCCUCAUCUGGUCGAGGUCAAGAAGGCUAUCAAAGGAGAUGAGAGACAUCCCCGGAACAAUGGGCUGGCCUGUCGUCGGCGAGACCUUCUCCUUCAUCUCCGGCUUCUCGAGCCCUGCUGGCAUUCUGAGCUUCAUGCGUGACAGACAGAAGAGGUUCGGCAAGGUGUUCAAGACGUAUGUUCUUGGGAGGAUGACGGUGUUCAUGACGGGGAGGGAGGCGGCCAAGAUCCUGCUGUCCGGGAAGGACGGCGUGGUGAGCCUGAACCUGUUCUACACCGGCAAGCAGGUGCUCGGGCCGACCAGCCUCCUCACCACCAACGGCGACGAGCACAAGAAGCUGCGCCGCCUCAUCGGCGAGCCGCUCUCCAUUGACGCGCUCAAGAAGCACUUCGACUUCAUCAACGACCUCGCCGUCCAGACGCUCGACACCUGGCUCGACAGGAGAGUGCUUGUGCUCGAGGAGGCCUCAUCUUUCACGCUCAAGGUGAUCGCCAACAUGCUGAUAAGCUUGGAGCCAGAGGGAGAGGAGCAGGAGAAGUUUCGCGCCAAUUUCAAGAUCAUAUCGUCUUCGUUCGCGUCGCUGCCUCUCAAGAUCCCAGGAACUGCAUUUCACCGUGGCCUCAAGGCCAGGAACCGGAUGUACGCGAUGCUGGACUCGGUGAUCGCCAGGAGGAGGGACGGCGGCGAGGUCCGCAACGACUUCCUCCAGACGCUGCUGCGGAAGCACGCCAAGGACGGCACCGCCGCCGACGAGGACGACGGCGGCGGCGGCGGCGAUCGAGACGCGGACAAGCUGACGGACGCGCAGCUCAAGGACAACAUCCUGACGCUGCUCGUCGCCGGCCACGACACGACGACGGCGGGGCUGACGUGGCUCAUCAAGUUCCUCGGCGAGAACCCGGAGGCCCUGCAGAAACUCAGAGAAGAGCACAUGGAGAUCAAGGAGAGGCUGGAUGGAUCAUCACAUCUCAGAUGGUCAGAUGUGAACAGCAUGCCUUACACCAACAAGGUGAUGAACGAGACACUGAGGAGAGCGACCAUCCUGCCAUGGUUCUCACGAAAAGCCGCUCAGGACUUCAGCAUUGAUGGGUACGAGAUCAAGAAGGGGACGUCGGUGAACCUGGACGUGGUGUCCAUCCACCAUGACCCGUCCGUCUUCGCCGACCCCUACAAGUUCGAUCCAAACAGAUUCGAUGGGACGUUGAAGCCGUACAGCUUCCUGGGAUUCGGCAGCGGGCCGCGGAUGUGCCCCGGGAUGAGCCUGGCGCGCCUCGAGAUCUGCGUCUUCAUCCACCACCUCGUCUGCAGAUACAGCUGGACGCCGCUGGAAGACGACGACUCGGUGCAGCCGACGCUAGUGCGAAUGCUCAGGAACAAGUACCCCAUCGUCGCCGCUGCCAUCUGACAACGGCAACUCGACCUGACAUUCAGUUUCAUCGACGACGAGAGAUGAAACGGAAGGGACACUCGAGAGUAGAUAGUGCUAGGCUAUUCCAUGGUUUUACUCUACUAUAUAAAAAAAAUUACACAAACAACACGACACGAAUCAUCUUUGCAUAAAGCCCAUGCAUCAAAUCGGCUUGCUUAAUCUUGGAUAAGCAAUACCCAUGAAUUGAAUACCACUGCAAAAUUGCACUCUUGCAGUAUAUACUGCAUGAGUUAAGGUACAUCCUAUGUUACAAAUGUACAGCCGUGAGUUCAAUACGUAAUCAAAAUUCAUCAGAGUUAAAAAAAAAUGUUUCUGUAGUUCUGUUGCCGAUAUAUACUAUUUUGUUGCUAUAAACUAAGUACUCCAGCAGGCAGCCAAGAAAUAAAGCAGCAGGAGCUACUCCGUGGCAAAGUGACGAGGAACAGCUACUUCAGUGGCAAAUGUGACAAAGAACAGCAACCACGUAGCAUCGCUCAGAUAUUCAGGUCGCUUAAACAUGAUCACAGCAGGGCAGUAACAAGGAAUGGCACAAUCCAAGAAGCAACACAACAGCAGCAACUCCGGAAGGGCCAGGGUCAAUGGAACAAUAACCAGGUAGCAAAGCCAAUCAGAGUAACAAAGAAACACUAUGCAAGGCAGCAGUGGCCUUCCCACGCUAAACCGCACAUGAUAGAUUGAUGCCAACGAACAAGCCGGUCAUAAGACUAGAACAAAUCGCUGUUAAGACAGUAGUAACCAAUCCAGAACAAGAGAACAAAGAACUCAAACAAACCUGCCAAAACAAAA